AUGAGCGGCGCGACGGCGGAUAUAGCCCGCCGCAAUACUCAUUGUGAAGCUGCUCGCGAGCCACUCAGAGGAGAGCGCGACCUGCGUUUGCAAAAGGAGAAGACAUCCGGUCCCCUUCCAAGUUUCAACCCGACCAGAGCUCGCUUCACCCUUAUGGCUAGAGCAUCAGCGCCUAAAGAUCUUGAUUCUGACGACGAUGACAGCAAGGGAUUUGAAGGCGGAGCACCGGCUGGCGGGACGGACGACAAGUUGCCCUCGAAUGUUGAGUACAAAUACUCCAAUCGUGACAAUCGCAAAGGCCGACAUGGCCUUGUCGUACGACCUACACAAAACGGAGAACAAAUUGUGCUCACGCCUCCACGGACGUCAAGCUUUCGGCAAAUCUUGAAGGGCAUCUGGCGCAUGUUCACGUACUUCCCUAUCUGGGACGUCUCCUGGCUCGUCGCAGUCACCUUUACCGUUGGAAGUAUCGUUUGGGUAUUGAAUGGCUUCUUCGUCUUCUUGCCCUUUGCACCGAAGGUUGGAUUCAACGGCCAGGCCCUCUAUGGCGGCGGCAUCACCGCCUUCAUCAGAGCGACGAUUUUUGAACUCGGGAGUGCAUUCCUCAUGUUAGAAGCCAUCAACGAGAACCGCACAGGCUGCUUUGGCUGGGCUGUGGAACACAUUGGCGAAAGCGAAGACAGCGAAGCCGGCACUGCUACCCAAGUCGUACCUUUGAAGGAGAGCUGCUCACAUCAUCACCAAAAUACUUCGAACGUUGUUGGAAAGCCUUCGUUGGUGAGCAGACUGACGAACCCGGUCCAGGCUGCCUCAACGUCCGAAGGAGAGCAUUCGUGGGUGUGGUGGCCUUCCAGCAUGGAGUUGCGGUCCCAUUACUUGCAUGACGUGGGCUUCUUGGCUUCUUUGAUUCAGGCGAUUGCAGCAACUGUGUUUUGGGUCAGCGGCAUUACAGCUUUGCCUGGCAUCUUCGACCACAUGUCCAAACCUCUGAUCGAUGCCCUCUACUGGACUCCACAAGUCAUCGGGGCCUGCGGCUUCUGGACACCUGAUCUGAGCACUUUGGGUUGGCAUGUCGGCUUCUGGAACCUGAUCGGAGGCAUUGGCUUCUUGAUGUGUCCCUGCUUCGGCUACUCGAGUGCACAUUGGGCGCAGUACCAGGCUUGCCUGUCGUCGUUCUGGGGAUCCUGGUCUUUCUUGGUUGGAAGCACACUUCAAUGGUACGAGAGCUUGGAGAAGCAUCCUGUGGAGGUCGAGAAGCAGCGGCCAUCGUGA